AUAAAUUAAUUUGCAAUGUUUACACACACACAAUUGGUCCCAGUAAGUUUAAAAAUGUUUAAAAAUGACUGAGGCUGUUAUAUUAUUAAGCGAUUCAAAUCUAGGAACACAUUUUAAAUGACAUGAUUUUCUUGUCAAAAAGGACUCCUCUACUAUUUAGCACGACUAUGCUCCAAUUGUACGUUAUGGGUAAAAUCCCCCCCGAAAAAGUGAUGUUGCAAAUAAAAAGACCGAGACAUAUGUACGUACUUGUUGUGAAUAAAUAAUAAAUUCUAUCAUUCUCACAAUGUAGCAUCAUGCUUUUUAAACAGCUGAAAGACAUUUUGACAUCAUAAUACAUUAGUAUUCCCCCCCAAAAAAUUGCAAACCAAAAGGUUUGGAUCUUUGUUUAACUAUACAUUUAAUAGCAUUUGUAUUAUUCAACUGUCCUUUUGAAUCUGUGUCUGAGUGCGAUAUUUUUCCUGUUGAGACACUUAUUUCAAAGUGCGCGUACAUCAUAAAAGACUCAAAGCUGUCCAACAGGAUACAAUUUAGCCAAUUGCAAUCGCGUAUUUCAAGUUUGAUCAUUUCACCGCUGCCUUCAGAGUCCUGUGAGGUGGCGCCUACAAAGUAUUUAGAAUAAUCUUGAUCAAACGGCUCAUUUCCGACUGCCUUCUUCCCUUUUUUUUUGCCUCAUGUUCCCAUCUGCAUUUUUUGCGGUUUCUUCACAUAAUCUUCACAUUGUUGCUAAAUUUGGCCUUGGAACUUCACUUGCUGUUUUAUUUCAUCAGCCAUAACUCUCCCUUGGACGAGCCACUUUUUUUUUUUUUGGUUUGCCGGCCCCUCUUCCACACCCUCCCAAUAAAUGCGCGCGCGCACACACACACACACACACACACACACACACACACACACACACACACUUAUCCAUCUCAGGAAAUGGCGGACCUUGUAAUGUCCCCUUACUCCUCCUCCAGACUUCUCCCCCCUUUCAGAGUGAUGUAGGGUCACAAGAAUGGGGAAAACACCUUCCAAGGAGAAAAACACACAUGCACGUUUACACUACAGAGAACGGCACACGCGUUGCGUUGGGCCACGCUGGAUUCAAGUUUCACCAAAGUCAAGGUCCUCAGCGAAGCCCAACAGAGCUCAUCAGCUGACCUAACAUGGGAUGAACUCCUGACUUCGGAGCCUCAAGCUGUGCCCCAAGUGUAUCCUGAGUGCGAGCGUCGCCACAUCCCCCGACCUCUAACCCCGGUGGGGGGGCGGACAUCAUGCGCUGUACCACGGUCCUGGCCCUCUUAUUCGGUGUGGUGCUGUACCUGGGCAUGGGAGCGCUGGUCUUCCAGAACCUGGAGGCAUCCGAGGAGUACGACAAGUUCCAGGAGCUGCUUGCCACCAAGAACAACUUCCUGAGCAAUCACAUCUGUGUGAGCGAACCAGAAUUCUACGAGCUGGUGAAGGGAGUUGCAUCUGCGGUGGAAGCGGGCCUGGAGGUGGACAGCCUGUCCACCAACUUCACCACGCGCUGGGACGUGGCCUCCGCCUUCUUUUUCUGCGGCGCCAUCAUCACCACCAUAGGCACGCUUAACCCUUUCAGAGACAGCGCUUACUACAGUGGACAGCUCAUAAAGGGUUUCGGGAACCUGUCUCCUCGCACGUGGUACGGCCAGCUGUUCUGCUUAUGCUACGCCCUGGUGGGCAUUCCCAUGUUCGGCAUCCUGCUGGCCGGAGUUGGCGAUCACAUGGGCACCGUGCUGCGCAGGGCCGUAGCCAAGAUUGAGACCCUUUUUCUGAAGCGUCAAGUGCGUCCCACCACGGUGCGCGUGAUCUCUGCCGUGCUGUCCAUCCUCAUCGGCUGCCUCAUCUUCCUGGCCGUGCCCACGGUUUUCUUUCAGAAGUCGGAGGGCUGGUCCUUCCUGGAGUCACUCUACUUUGUGGUCAUCACGCUCACCACGGUGGGCUUUGGAGACUACGUGCCGGAUGGUAGUCACGCUGGCGGGCUGUUCUUCAAACCUCUCGUGUGGUUGUGGAUCGUGUUCGGUCUGGCCUACUUUGCCUCCAUCCUCACCAUGAUUGGCAACUGGCUGCGUGUGCUCUCCAAAAGGACCCGCGAUCAGAUGGAGGAGCUGCGCGCUCACGCCACCGACUGGACGCAGAACAUGUCCAAGGACUUCCGCAUCCCCAACCCUCUGGAGUUCAAUGACCCGUUCCUCCUGCAGCGCCGGCGCUGGAAGCGUAGCGAGCGCCGCCGCAUCCGACGCGGAGCCCAGGUCACGCUGGGCUACUGGGCCCGGGGGGGCCCCGAGAACGGACAUCUCCCCGGCCAUUGGGCCGGGCUGUCGAGCUCGAUGAGUCGGCUGGAGGGGCGCGGAUCCUCCCUGGAGAGGAGGAUGAGGACCAAGCCGAUGGAGAGGCUUCCCGUUGGCAGCGGCACAAUGCCGAGGGCAAAGCCGCCCGAGCUGUCUGCAGCUUUGCGUCAACAGAUGGCGCAUCACUCCUUACCUCACCUGCUCACGCGUUCCUUCUCCCUCCCCGCGGCUCCGUCCGCCUCCGAGCUGGACUCCCCUGAAGCCGUCAUACUCGAUGGUUCCCACUCAGGUUCGGACUUCGACUCCAGAUCCGACAUCUCCUCAUCGUCUUCAUCCUUCUCAGAUCUUCGGAAACUCCGGGCUCACCGCACGCUCGAAGCGGAAGGAGACAAAAUGAACCCCGAGGAGGAGGCGAGAUGUGGUGAAAACAAAGCCUCGCCUGAUCCGAGUUCCCUCCCCCCUUCACCUUCUCUUGCUCCCUACUCCACGGGCCUUCUGGACUUCUUCGGCGAGAACCUGGCGUACAUCGAUGAGUCGUCGGACACGCUGAGUGAGCGCGGCGACGAUAGGAGGCGGCGACCGCACAAACCCAAGCGGAAGAGCGUGAAGAACGUCAGGAGGGUUUCGAAGCACGAGUGGAGCUCAAAGCACGCGAGGAGGCCCGGCGAGGACUUGCAGCCACCGUCCAAUCCACCCACGCCGCCUCCGGACUCGCUGUUGUCGUCGUCACUGACUUGCAGGGAUUCUUCGCAGACGCUUUGACGUCCACUCCUCUCCUGCUUCUGAAGAAACAGUUUCUUUACGACUUGCCAGCGACUUUAGAGCAGGUCAUGGUAAUCUGUGACGGUUGAAUGGAAGCAAGUCUCUUCUUGAUUGUUCAAGACGUUUCACCUUUUAUCCAAAAGGCUUAUUCAGUUCUAAGUUUUGCCCAAAUUUCCCUCAAAUAAUGCAAAUUUUUUUAUGCAAACCAAAAAAAGUAUUUUCUUUGGUCUGAUGAAUGCCAAUAUUUUAUCUUAUCUUGAUUGGGAUUUUUUUAAUCUUUAUUCAUUUGUAAUACUAUGAGCUGUAAAUAAUUCCUAUAUAUAGAUAUUUUUUGCACACUAUAUGUUCAUACUGUAUGUACAGUGUGUGUAUGUGUUUCAUUACAUUAAUGCACAGGUGUCAAACCAAAGGCCCGCGGGUCAGAUCUGGCCGGCCACAUCAUUUUAUGUAGACCGCGAAAGCAGCUCAAACGUGUACUUACAUGAUCCUUUCUAAAAUGUCGACCAAAAUUUUAAAUUCUCAUCUGUGACAAAUAAGGGAGAUAUUCUCAGCAUUUUCUUGUUACCAAACCCCACAUGAUAGCAACAAUAGUUGAAUCAACAGUUAUUCUUGACUUCUGUUUUCAAGUAAAACAUGAAAUUGACACUCCUGCAUUAAUGUAUAUGUCCAUGCCAAAUGUCAGUUGUUAAGAAACGACUCCUUGGUGGCCAAUUUAAAAAUCUAAAAUUUACAAUUGACUAUUUUAGGAUUAAAGCUGAAAUGUCUUCACCAACCAAGAAGAAUCCAAAUACUGUACCUCCGUUCAGCCUAAACAAAAAACUUUUGAAUGUUUGAGCUCUGAGGCUUCACCCACGUGUCUUAGUGAUGUCACCUUUUUCAGUCCAAAGCAUUUUUUUUUAAAUUAUUGAACUAUUUAAGUUCAAGUUAGACAUAUAUGAGUGGUCAAGUGGUUAGCACGCCUUCCUCACACAUCAGAGGUUUGAGAUGGGGUUUGCCUUUUGCCGAAUCAAACAGGUUUUCUUAAAAUUUCUUAAAAUGUGUGUGACUGAGCCCUUCUGCGCUUGCGACAAUUUACAUAUUAAACUCAUUCACUGCCAUUGA